UGGGCCUUGCACCUGCCGAGCCCUCAGCCGCCGCCGCCCGGCCGAGCUGACCGGGAAGCAGUUGUCUGCGGCCGCCGGGUGACUCAUCGGCCUUGUCGCCUCCCCCGAGCAGGCCAUCUUGGUCGUGGCCGGAGCGGCAGACGGAGCCGCGGAGGAACCGCGGGGACCCCAGGGCCCGGAACGAGUCCUGCUCCCGGCCGGCGCUGCGGCCUGCGAGUCUGCCGUGGAGGAGCCGCGUUCCCCGGGCUGCGCUCCCGGGGCUGCCCCUGCCUGGGCCCUGGCGGCGUCUCUCUAGGCCGCUGCCCUCCGGCUCGGGUCGCCUGGCCCCCGUGGUCGUGCGCGCCGCGCUGCCCUGACUUCUGUAGGGCCCAGCUCCGCCCCUGCCUUCCAGGUUGGGACUCCGCGCCCACACCUUCGCCCCCCGGCCCGUCCCGGCCCCUCUCGGCCCGGGGCUGACUCUGGCCAGCAUGGUCCAGCCGCAGACGUCCAAACCCGAAAGCCCGGCCUCUGCUGCUGCUUCAAAUGCCCAGAUGGACGACGUUAUUGACACCCUGACCUCCCUGCGCCUCACCAACUCUGCGCUGAGGCGGGAGGCCUCCACCCUGCGCGCCGAGAAGGCCAACCUCACCAACAUGCUGGAGAGCGUGAUGGCCGAGCUGACCCUGCUUCGCACCCGGGCGCGCAUCCCGGGCGCGCUGCAGAUCACCCCACCCAUCUCUGCUAUCACCUCAAAUGGGACUCGGCCCAUGACCACCCCGCCGACCUCUCUGCCCGAGCCCUUCUCCGGAGACCCGGGCCAGCUGGCGGGCUUCCUGAUGCAGAUGGACAGGUUCAUGAUCUUCCAGGCCUCCCGCUUCCCGGGCGAGGCCGAGCGAGUGGCCUUCCUUGUGUCCCGCCUGACGGGGGAGGCGGAGAAGUGGGCUAUUCCCCACAUGCAACCGGACAGCCCCUUGCGAAACAACUAUCAGGGCUUCCUGGCAGAGUUGCGGAGAACCUACAAGUCUCCGCUCCGGCACGCGCGGCGCGCCCAAAUCAGGAAGACUUCGGCCUCGAACAGGGCUGUGCGGGAAAGGCAGAUGCUCUGCCGCCAGCUGGCCGCGGCGGGCACGGGGCCCUGCCCUGUGCAUCCAGCUUCCAAUGGGACGAGUCCGGCACCAGCUCUGCCCACCCGAGCACGGAACCUUUGAGAAUCCGCCACCACCUUGGUAGCAUCUGCAGCCACCCAGGCAGCAUAAGCUCUUUGCUGCUUAGAAGAAAUGUCCAUACAACAGCAUCGCCCCUGUUUGAAGACGUCCCCUCCUGCCUCUCCAGACCUGUUCCACAAGGAGAUCUUCCUUCCAGCCCUCUGGGUGCCCUGGUCACCCACCUCGCUGUGCUUCCUGUUACUGUGUGCCAGCUUUGUACCUACAACUCAUUGCUUGCUUCCCUCCCUCCCGCUUGCACCCCCGGCUAUUCUAAUGACUGCAGCUCUGCUACUCAGGCACGCUGACUCCGCGCACGCUGACCGACCCCUCUCAGUCUGACUCGGUUCCUGGACACUCCUACUCUGCCUGCUGCAGGCCCCCAGGACAGCUUCCCACCUGGUUGUCCUGUUCUCUCUGAUGAGCUCUGGACAGAAGGAAGCCACUUUGGCCAGGCUGGUGGCUUGAUGCGUGCACUUGGAGAGGGGGGUCUGGCUUCCCACCCACAGGGGAUCACCUGCCAGGGCCCAGUGUAUCAGGCAGGGGUCUCAUCCCUGCUGUCAGUGGCCAGGUGGUCACUGCUAGGAGAGCAGUUCUAGCAUUUCUGGGGGGUAAGCUUUACUCUCCAUGCCCCAUUGCCGCCACUGGGGAGGACCGAUGUUGCAGCUAAAGGGAGAGUCUCCCAGAGGAUGCACCUCCCUUAAUGCCUGGCUUUAGCUGCCAGUGUUCUGACAGCACCAGGAAUUCGGGGAAUCUGGAAUUUGCCUGCCCGAUAAGGUUAUUGUGGACUUCGGACCACUGGGCAAUUCUGUCAGGCUGCCAUGGCAGCAGAUCCAUGCACAUCCACACCUGAUGGCCACAGCAGGCUGAGGGGUGGACACUAGUGACUCAGUUUGCUGCCUGGGGUUUCCAGUGGGCAGCACCACAGCUGCUGGUGUUCAGUCACCCCCUCCUCCGCCCCGUGUCACUUGGUGUUGGGCCUUGCCUAGUUGGAAACCUGCUCCUUCUCCAGUCAGGUGCCAUGUGGCCUUCACUGCAGCCCCUUCCACUGAUCACACCACCUCUAGGUCUCCAAAGACGACAUGUAGCAUGCCGACUCCAUUCCUGGGUGAUCAGACGUCCAGCCUCUGUCUAAGAGAACUGACUCCCUCUCACACCUGGAGGACCAACUCCUCUGGGAAACAUCCUUAAGCACUUAAGGAAGGGGGGUGUCUGCCUCUGGCAACUCCAGCCAGGGCCUUAGUGGCAUUUGUAAAGACAAAGAGCUGCAGACUGCCAUGGUCCUAGUGUGGUGGCAGUGCAGAACUGGCACUCAUGUCCCUGUUCUGAGGGACCUUGUGCUUCGUUACAGGGGGAUAACCAAGAAGUCACUUUCUAACUGAGCUUGGCCAAGCCCUUUGGACUGUGAUGCUCCCUCGGUAUUUCAAUGCCAGACGGACCAGGGGGGAGGUGGGGAAUCUUACCCUGGUUCAUCUGCCCUGUCUGAAGGGCCCUGGCUUGACUGCACAAGAACAAUUUCCAUCCCCCCCCAAAGAUAUGUAUAUGCCUUGGGACCCCAGGGGUUGGGUCCUGGGACCUGUCCUCUCUUCCUGAGAGUUCUGAUGGUGCUGGGAACAGUGACAGUGAUGCUGAAGCACCACUGCCUUGCGAGGUCAAGGAUAUUCAGUGGUUGCUGUGGUUUCACAGACCACUGCCUCCCACGCAUCGUAAACUGUUAGCCCAAUUGCCCUGCUAAACAACUGCCUGAAUACAGGCUUCAGGUUCCCCUGGACUCCAGCUGAGGCUGACCAGGUGGGACCAUGGUGCUCAUUAAGCAUGAACGGAGGGAGGACCCAGUGGGGCCACCAUUCCUGGGAGUGGGACUGCGGGUGGCAGGUAUACAGAUGACUUUCUCUCUGUGUUCAGUUCUCAGAAUUCCGUCUCCAGCAGCUGCGUUGGUGAGACUAGUACUUGCCAGGUGGAGGUGCCCCCGAGUGAAGGGGUACAGUGGCACCUGGGGAAAAGGCACUUGGAAGGUCUCCCUGUGGCCCAGCCAACCCAGGGUAGGACACCCAGCGUGGAAGCAGGGCAGGAACUCUGCCAUCUCACCAUACUGGCUCUACCCAAGUGGCUUUUUGAAAGUGCCACCAUGUUUGCAUUGGGCACUGUGUUUUAGAGUUGUGUUGCUGUACACACUGACUGGAGCCGCGUGGGAGAGGCUGGCCACAGUCCCCAUCCACACCCAUGGCUGGGUCCUUUGCAUAUGGGUUGUUGAGCCUAGUUCAAGCUGCUGCUCCGGCUUCAUUUGGCUCGGAGAUUUGAUUGUGUCUUGUCUCUUGGUGCUUACGUUUGUGGGCUUGGGACAGUGCUGUUGUGCAUUUAUGACCUUCUUGAUAGCUCCUCACAGCUUUGAAACCUGGAGCAGAUGAGAGAGGGUCAGGGCUUGCCCUCCACAUGGGAGUUGGAAGAAGCCCACAUUGGAGAGCUCUAGUGGGAGACACCUCAGUCCCAGCUAAGGAGGGUGAGACCCAGCCCUGUGCAGCCCCAAGGGAGACCUCAGUGACAGGGGGAGCAGGUUGGAGAAGAAUGUGGGGGAAGGGAGAUGCUUUGUACAUAUUUUGGGGUUAAAAUUUCUCUAAAUUUUAAGAGAAAAAGUAUUGAUUUAUAAAAGGGACAGGCAGUAGUGUUAAACAGUGCAUGUGAUGGAAAGUUUUCUAUGUUUUCCAUGAUGUUGACAUUAUUUGGACUCUUGUGACUGCUCUCUGGUCUACAUGACACCCUGUCUGGUAAGUAAGCUUCAUUGCAUAUCAGGGCAGAAUUGGAGAUGGGAUUUAUUACGGAGCGACUUCCCUGGCUAGUAUAGUGUGACCUUGAGACUCACUUGAUGUCCUAAAGCAUAUUGGUGACUUCUAGGAAACAGCAAAGACCCAUUUCAGUGGCCUCAGGUAAGUACGUGGUGAGUGAGUAAUGACGGAGUGGAAAACAAAACCCUGAGGGUAUGGCAGGGCUGUCCUGUCACACAGGCUCCAGCUGUUAAGACUCGCUGCGGCCACCGGCAUAGAGCUUUGGGUGGGAGGA